UAAUGAUGGAUUGGGACGUAUAGGAAGUUUGGAUACUGAAUUGUAAAAUUUUAAAAUUCGGCGAAUUUUCCUUUUUUUUUUUCACGGAAGGAGCUCUUCUUCUCCAUUUUCAGCAUAAAGAAUCUAUCUGUAUACAUCUCUGCUUUUGUUGCGUUGAUGGUCUUGAAGCUCUCAACGGUUAAUUUUGGUUUGACCCUGAAGCAUAAACUCAAUAUUUGGCUGCCAUUCAUUCCGUUCCAAAAGCAGUUAUCCACGUACCCUGAGCACCAAAAGUUGAUUUCUCUUCUGAAAUGCUACAACCGAACCUUGGAAAUCUCUCAGAUCCAUGCCAGCAUGAUCAAGGUCGGACUAGACCUCAUACCUUUUCCUGUAAGCAAGCUUCUUGCCUCUUGCAUAUUCAACAUAGAUUAUGCUGCGUCCAUCUUCAACCAAAUCCGCAACCCAAAUCCGUUUAUGUUUAAUACUAUGCUAAGAGCUUAUUCCAUCAGUGAAGAUCCAAAGCGUGCCCUUUUGCUCUUCAAUUCCAUCCGGGCUCAGGCGAUCUUGCUCGAUCAGUUCUCCUUCAUCUCCGCACUGAAAGCAUGUGCACGUGGAUUAGCCAUUCGGACCGGCCAAGGGAUUCAUGCACUUGUGGUCAGGUGUGGAUACGGGUUUCUAAUCAAUGUAAGAAAUACACUCCUGCACCUAUAUUGUGUCUGUGGGCGGAUUGAAGAUGCGCACCAGUUGUUUGAUGAGUUUCCUGAACAAAGAGAUUUGGUUUCUUGGAAUGCUUUGAUGGGUUACUAUCUCCAUACAUCUCAACCGUCUGUUGUGAGGGACUUGUUCAUACAAGUGCAUAAGGGUGGCUUCGUUGUCAGCACCACCACAAUUGUGUGUGCUUUAUCAGCUUGUAGUGAUUUGAGAAAUUUCUACGGAGCAGAAUCUCUCCAUGGUCAUUGCAUCAAGAGAGGCUUUUGUUCGGAUCUGAAUGUGGCUACCGCUAUCAUUUCCAUGUAUGCCAAAACUGGGCACAUGGAUUCGGGACGGCUCAUCUUUGAUGAACUCCCUAAGAAAGAUGUCGUUGCAUGGAACUGCAUUAUUGACGGGUAUGCUAAAAGUGGCCGUUUGGAAGAAUCAUUGACUCUUCUACGGUUGAUGAAAGUUGAGGGAAUAGUACCCAACUCAGCUACAUUGGCAGGAUUGCUCGUCGCUUGUGCCUCCAGGGGAUCUCUUGCCAUAGGAGAAUGCAUCUAUGAGUACAUAACAGAGGAGAAACUAGAGUUGGAUGCUGUUCUGGGAACGGCUCUUAUAGACAUGUUCUCAAAGUGUGGAUUCCUACAAAUGGCAAUUAAUAUUUUUCACAGGAUGGAAACUAAAGAUGUGAAAACUUGGACAACUCUUAUCGCUGGUUAUGGUGUUCAUGGGCAAGGAAGAAAUGCUGUUCAGCUUUUAAACGAGAUGGAGGCGAAGGGGGUAAUGCCUAAUGAAGUCACCUUCUUGGCAGUGCUAAAUGCUUGCAGCCAUGGAGGUUUGGUGGUGGAGGGUAAGAAGUGCUUUGAAAGGAUGGUUCAAAAAUAUGGCUUUUCACCCUCUAUCGAACACUAUGGAUGUAUGAUUGACCUCUUGGGUCGUGCAGGGUUACUAGAUGAAGCCUAUGAACUAAUCAAAAGGUUGACCAUUCAGGUGGACUCUAUUGCAUGGCGUGCAUUACUUGCAGCAUGUAGGGUCCAUGGAAAUGUUGAAUUGGGAGAAGCUGUUAGGAGAGAGUUGCUUAAAUUCAACAAUGAACAUCCUACGGAUUCAAUGCUUCUAUUGAGUACUUACACUCUUGCCGGGAGGUGGAGCAAUGUUGCGAGAUUGAGUCAGUCAAUUGAAGAAGAUAAGGCGAAGAGGAAGGAAGUAGGAUGCAGUUCCAUUGAGAUGGAUGUCAAUUUUUGAACAGUGAGGAAACAUGAAAGGGAUUUGGGGAGGAAUAAAAGGGAUGCCGUUGAACCUUGAAACCAGAGUCUGGAUCUGCAGCACUUUUUUCCAGUGCACUGAACCCUGAAACCAGAUGGAUGUCAAUGUCCUUCCAUUUGGUAUCCUAUCAGCCCAAGGAGAGAGUUUUCAGGCCUUGUAAAAUCUCCAACAUGUGUCUGUUCGUGGACAUUUGGAACUUCGAAUGGCACAUUCUUUCGUCACGUUGGGCCAAAUUUUUUCUGAUCCGACACGUUUGGGAUCCCACAUGAUUGGGUUUCAUAACCCGUUGUACACACCUUGUUUUUAGCUGAUUCAUAGUGAACCACCACAAGGCUGUUAAAAUUUAUCAGGUCAACUUUGCAGUUCGGGAGCACACAAGUCAUCCAUUCAAUCUGUAGCUUUUUUAUGCUUUUAUUGUAGUUUUUUGUUUUUAAUUUAAUUACUUUUACCAACUCUUGGAUCGAUUUGGUAGUUUAUUGAGUUUUUUCUCAUAGUUUUACCUGAUUCAGGGUAUUUGUAAGGAAUCCUGGAUGCAAGCUGAAUCAGUCAAUGAGCAUUCUAUCAUAGCAGAACCCAUGGGGUUAGGUUUGCUAGAUUCAGCUCCAAAUCAGAGGGUGAAAGUGUGGUGGUUCAGGGUAUUUGUAAGGAAUCCUGGAUGCAUGCUGAAUCAGUCAAUGAGCAUUCUAUCAUAGCAGAAUCCAUGGGGUUAGGUUUGCUAGAUUCAGCUCCAAAUCAGAGGAUAAGGGCGAUGGUAUGAAAAGUAUGAUGUGGGAGCAUAUGGUUUUGUUUCUGUUACUAAUUCAAGUAUUCUUGUUACUGCCGUAGGUGAAAGUGUGGUGGUUCAGCACUAGUCUUGAGAUGGAGUGGACAGCUAUUUUGAAAGCUACUCUUUUCGCUUAUGAACAGGGUGGCAGAAAUUACAAAUUAUGUUUGAUUCUCAUCUGUGACUAAAGCUUUAGUUGAUGACACUAUAAAUAUCCCCUGCAAGUAUUUGGCUAUUGUGGAUGA